GAGAUUUCCAUCCCUAUCAUGACUACUACCGCCACUUUAUCCCCAGUGUUUUGUGCAGUCUGUCCGCAUUCGGAUCCAGAACCGCAGCUUCAAGAAAUCGGUUACAUCACUGCACCGACAUCUUAAACCGUUGAGCUCGGGGCAAACCCCCCAUUGAACUUCUCCUCUUCAUUCUGAAAAAGAGACAAGAGCGAGUUUGUGUCUUCUUCAUCAGUAGCAAGUAGUUUCAACAAAUUCAACGAUAUCAUGAGCUCCGUGAAUGGGACUAAGCCCGCAGUGGUCUGCGUAUUCUGCGGCUCCGUCUCCGGCACCAACCCACGCCACAUGGAAGCCGCACGCCAACUCGCGCACGAAUUCCACAUGAACAACAUCCACCUGGUGUACGGCGGCGGCACAGCAGGUCUAAUGGGCACGAUAGCCCGUGAACUGGUCAAACUCUCCGGCCCGCAAGCCGUGCACGGCGUGAUCCCGCGCGCAUUAGUAAAGGUAGAACCGGGGUACGACAAUGCAACGGAGCAUCCCGCAGACACAGACCCAAAUGCAGGAGUCCAGCAAGCGCGGUCCGGCAAGGACGCGGAGAGAAUCAUCCCAGCCGCUAGUACUACUACCACUACCAAUGGCACUACUACGAAGACAAAGGAGUCUAUGUUCAAGGAAUCCGAGUACGGGACGACCACGAUCGUGGCGGAUAUGCAUGCGCGAAAGCGGCUUAUGGCGACUAAGGUGCAGGAGGGAGGGCCUGGGAGUGGGUUUGUGGCGUUGGCCGGGGGGUUCGGGACGAUUGAGGAGGUGAUGGAGAUGACGACGUGGAAUCAGUUGGGGAUUCAUGGGGCUGGGGUGGUGGUGGUUAAUGUGGAUGGGUAUUGGGAUGGGGUUUUAGCGUGGGUGAGGAAGGCCGUGCAGGAGGGGUAUAUUGGGGAGGAGAAUGGGGGGAUUCUCGUCGAGGUGAAUGAUGUUAAGGAUGUUUGGCCAAUGUUGAAGGGAUAUAGGGUUAGUAAUGGGAGGAUGAGGUUAAAUUGGGGGGAGGAAUAGGCGAUAUCUAAUUAGUAGUUAGUAGCAAGGUUAGUUGUAGAUGUGGUCGAGCCGAGUUAGGUUUUAUAUAUAGAUGGUAUCAGGUGUGGGAAACGUAAUAUUAUUC